AUGGUAUUCGGGGAGAGAUGGAUGAAAUGGAUGGAAGCUUUGGUCUUUUCAAGCAAGAUGUCGGUGGUGGUGAAUGGUAGUCCCACUAAAGAGUUUAUUGUAGAAAGAGGUUUGAGACAAGGUAAUCCUAUCUCACCUUUCCUUUUUAUAGUGGCGGCCGAGAGGUUGAAGUGCUUAGUUAGUAGAGCGGUAGAUAACGGGGAUUAUGCGGGUUUCUUCGUCAACAAUUCUUGUUUCAAUGACGUACUUCAAUUUGCCGAUGACACGCUUAUGGUAGGUGAUGCUACUUGGGCUCACUUAUGGGCAAUCAAGUCGGUGCUUAAGGGGUUUGAAAUGAUCUUGGGUUUAGAAAUAAACUUUCACAAGAGAAAGCUCAUUGGCAUAAACAUUAGCAACAAUUUCAUUGAUAUGGCUACUAAUUUCUUAGCUUGUAGGAGGGAAGACAAGGAGUUUACGUUGUUGGGUAUACGUGUAGGAAGUAACCCAAAAAGAGUCGCAACUUGGGAACCGUUGAUUUUAAAGAUGAAGAAGAGGUUGGCCUCUUGGAAAGGGAGGUUUCUUAGUAUAGGGGGGAGGCUUACGCUUCUAAAGUCGGUGUUAGGAAGCUUGGCGAUUUUCACUUUAUCUUUCUACAAGGCACCUAAGAAAGUGAUCAAGGAGUUAAUAAGGAUUCAAAGCAAUUUUUUGUGGGGAGGGGAGGAAGGUAAAAAAUGCAUUCAUUGGGAGAGAUGGGAUGUGGUUUGUCUUUCGGUAGAAAAAGGCGGGUUGGGAGUUACACGGAUGGAGGAUUUCAACUUGGCGCUUUUAAGCAAGUGGAAAUAG